UGCAACUAACCUAACCUAGCUUUUACUUCGUUUAUUUUGCAAAAUAUAUAUUUUUUGUUUAUAUAAUUUUAUUUGAUUUAGUUAUUAUGGAUUCUAAAAAAGUAAAUGACAAAAAAUUGCAAAGCUGGAGUGAAAUAAAUAAAGAGCGUAAACGUAAGAAGAAAGAAUAUAAAGAAAAAGCAAUUGAAGCUAAAAAACUGAAAGAAAUGAAACAAGAGGUUGAAUCAGCAAAAAAUGAAACUGCGAAAAACAGUAUAGAAGAAAAGAAAGAAAUAUCAACAUUAUCCAUAGCUUUGCCAGGUUCCGUUCUAGAAAAUGCCCAAACUGAAGAAUUGCGAGCUUAUUUGGCUGGACAGAUUGCGCGUGCUGUAUGUUUGUAUCAAGUAGAUGAAGUUAUUGUGUUUGACGACUAUGCAGAUGAAGAUAAAAGUAAAGCGACGUCUGUAGAAGAUGACUUUGGUUUCAAAACAAUAAGACAUUGUUGUGGACAGCUAGCCCGUAUACUUCAGUACUUAGAAUGUCCACAAUACCUUCGCAAACAUUUCUUUCCUAUUCAUAAGGAUCUAAAAUAUUCUGGAUUAAUGAAUCCUCUGAAUGCACCCCAUCAUCUAUCUUCUAAGGAUGAGUCUGAAUUUAGGGAAGGUGUUGUUACUAAUAAACCUGUCAAACCAGGAAAAGGUUCUAUUGUAUAUAUUGGUUUACGUCAAGAUGUCCAUGUAGAUAAAUUAUUAGUCGAAGGUGCCAGAUGUACUGUAAAAUUACAUAUGGAUACAAUGAAUACUAAAAAAUUGAAAGGAAUUGUUGUAAGUCCUGACAUACCUAGAAAAGAAACUGGUAUUUAUUGGGGUUAUAGGGUUAGGCUAGCUAAGUCAUUGGCUCAAGUGUUUUCAGAGUGUCCUUAUAAAGAUGGUUAUGAUUUAACCAUAGGAACAUCAGACAAAGGCUCUUCAAUAGAUUCAUUUCACUGUCCAUCUUACAAACAUGCCUUAAUAAUGUUUGGUGGUGUACAGGGUUUAGAAUUCGCACUUGAAAAUGAUCAAACCAUAAAGGAGAAUGAUCCAGAGUUGAUAUUUGAUCAUUAUUUAAAUACUCUUCCUGGCCAAGGCUCAAAAACAAUAAGAACAGAAGAGGCCAUUCUUAUAAGUCUAGCUGGGCUUAGAUCAAAAUUAAACCCAAAAUUUCCACCUGUUUCUUUCAAUCAAAAUAAUGGUACAAAUACAAUUAUUUCACCUAAUAAUGAAUCCAUAGAGAAUGUGGAAGAUAUGAGCAGAUUUGAUUGAAAUUACAUGCUGAUUUUUGUAAUGAAAUGUUUCCAAAAGCUCAUCAAUUUUAAGUACUUUUUUAAGUAUUUGUUAUAAAUAAAUAGAUUGGAAAUAA